AUGUCAACACUCGACCACGACCUUGCUGCUGUACGCAAUGCCAUCUCCAAGAAGCAGCCCUUCGUCACUGGUACCCAUCCUCUUACCGACAACGCUGGUCUCUUCUUCUUCCGUACAGGACGCGGUACAGGAGCACAUUGCAUAGACUUCGCGAACGCCGACGACGCGAGCCUUCAAGUAUUGCUAGAAGCGUGUCAGCCGGCCCCUUUCGGCGUCGACAACAAAGACGUGUUAGAUGAAACCUAUCGAAAAGCUUGGAAGAUGGAUAACGCCAAUUUCGCGACGCGUCUUGAUGUCGUCAAUACCGGAAUCUUGGAAAGUAUUCGCUCAAUGCUUAUGCAGGGAAACGAGAACAAGAAAAUUCGGUUGGAGAUGUACAAGUUGAACAUCUAUGGUCCUGGCUCUUUCUUCAAAGCACACAAGGAUACUCCGCGCGGCGAGAACAUGUUCGGCUCGCUCGUUGUCAUUUUCCCCACUCGCCACGAAGGUGGGGCCCUUCAACUCCGUCAUAAGGGCCAAGAAUGGACCUUUGACUCUGCCUCCCUCACUUCCACACAAACCGUCCCCUCAGUCGCUUACGUCGCAUUCUACGGUGACGUCGAACACGAAGUCUCCAUGGUCACUUCCGGCUACCGCGUCACCCUAACAUACAACCUCUAUUUCGACAAUGACAAUCGGAGUCCUUCACAUCAAGUUCAUUCCUGGAUGAAAGAAGACGAGCUCUUACUCCGCACCUCUCUCUCCGCCCUUCUAAACCACCGCAAUCUAUUACCAUCCGGUGGGUAUCUCGGCUUCGGCCUCGAAUCCAUAUAUCCCGUCGCAAGAGGGUCCAUCCGAGGUCUAAUCAACUCCCUCAAAGGGAACGACGCCCUCCUCAAACUCGUCCUCUCCCAACUCAACCUCAAUCCCCAAAUUAAAAUCAUCUACGAAGACAACCAAGACGAUUACCCCCCAGAUCACUCUUUCAGGGACAAACCCCUACCACCUCUCAAGCGGCCACACAUCAUGUUAGACGAUGAGGACCAAAUUCCCAAUUGGGAUACUGAGGACCCUUUCAGGGUUUUGUUGCCUAAAGAAGGACAUGGGAUCGUGAUUUUUUUUUUUUUUUGUUUUCUCGAGAUUUACGUGCAACAAGUAGUCUAG